GGGUUUUAUUAGUCGAGGAAAUGGAUGGUCUGCCACAAGAACUUUGUUUUCCUGCGUUGGCCAACGAUUUGGCUAAUUCCAUACGGAACUCCUUUAGCGGUAUUGACGUUACACGUGCUGUUUUGCAGUCCUUUCUAUACAGAAGCCAGGCGUUGAUCACUGACAUAUCAAGAACCCAUGUGAAUAUUGGGAAGUACCAUCUUUUCGAUCUGCUUGGACCAAUAGAUGUAGAGAAGAAACCUCCGACUUGUACCGCAUGGGGAAACGCAAGAGAAGCCGAUCCAGCGACAAACUAUCGCGUAGAGACUUACAAAAAACAAUUAAUGAGCUUCGCGAUAGACUAA